AUGCGCUCUGUUUUGUACGUCCAGGGACCCCGCCCCGCCGCGCCACACGCAGACAGAGACAUGGAGUCCCACGGGCGACCGCACCGGCCGGGCGUACCUGCGGGUGGCGAGUUCGAUUUGAAGCUGUCUGCGUCGAGGCUGCAGAGGAGCGAGAGCACCGACCACUUGAUAGCGGCUUCCGAGCUGGCAGAAAAAGGGGUGUGGAAGGAGUUGCACGAGUUGUCGGCGAUGCGUACGGAUGCUACAGCGUCCCUGGCCGCCAGAGUCGCGCAGAGGGACACGGGAGACCGCCCAAUGGAAGAAGCUGACGACGCAACGCGGGCAGCGGCAACAGCAAUGACAACAGCGGUAGCAGUACCGUCUGAACACGGCAACAGAGGUAGCCGCCAUUUACAGGCGGAUGAGUCUUGCGAGUUCGGGGCUAGUUUCGAGUUGUCCUCUACUCUCUACAGUGCGUACAACGGGUGCUACGCCUCGUUGGAUUCGACGCUAGACCCGUACUUCUUCUGGACGGAAUCAUUCGACGCCUUCAUCGGACCCGCUCCCUCCAUCUUCGGAUCCACAAGCAUGGAUUACACCACCAGCGAUAAUCCGGCGCAAGUAGCGCGUGUCCCGCCUGGCCCGCUGGCUGCCAACCUUGGUCCUGGUAGACGUGUUCGGUCUUCGUCAGAUCCCUGCCGUGAGUCGACCAUCGUUGACAACGAAAACACAAACGUUUUCUCGGCGAUCGCCGUUGUUGUCGACGCUCGUUCGACGCCGUUGAAACAGCUCGCGUGGAAUUUGGGAGAAGUUUUGGCCAUCGGAAAGGACGGAGAGAUUUCAUACAGCAUGGCGUGCGAAUCCUGGGAGUUCGUGGCAAUCGGUUCACACCCCUCAGACGUCACUCAAUGGCUAUGUGAGUACACUCGUGGCAUCGGGCUCUUGAGUGCCUGCCUUUCCUUGGUCAAGAUCGCCAACAUUAUGAGCUUUCUCGGAGUCGAGCUUGUAUUUGUUUCAGCGGAUUCUUUUUCCUUGACCUGCGGCUGCUCGGACAACCCAACACCUGCUCCGGAGUCGGGAUCGACCACGCCCGCCCCAGCAACCUCUCCGGUCGACGAUGAUGGUAGCCCCGUGGGGGCAUCGGGCUGCGGCGGCACGGACGAGUUCACGAUAUCGUCAUCAGAGCUGGAAGAGUUUGACGGAUGCUACGUAGACGCCGGCGAGACGGAGACGUUCUUCAGCACGUCGGGUGAGAAGGCCGACGGCGUGAUGGCGGUGUCCCCCGGCUUCCUGGACGAACAGGAGAUCGCAGACGUGAGUGUCGAGGAACCCUCCCCUGAAACGAAACACUAA